UCGUUCGGGCAGUGUAUUUGCAUCUCACCUGCUGUCGGCCUUGCAGAAUCUCCAGCGGGACGAGCAGUUCCAUCCUCGAUAUCCUGCAUCCUGCAUUCUCCAUCCCCGUCUUGAUCUGAUAUCGGAAUCGGCAGCAUCAAGAUCCAAGUGGCAGCAUCAAGAUCCUAGUGGCCGCCAAGUCUGGGCAGAUCGGCAACCCAUCCCCUUCAAAGCCGAGCCACCUUUCGAUCGGGGUCGACUUUCUUCAUGAAAAUCCAGCCACGCUCAACUCCCCGGUCGGCCUCGGCUGCCGCCAUGGCCCCCGACCUGGUUCUGUUCCAGCUCGGCCGGUGGAUCCUUCACCUCUUCCCAUACUCGGUUUCCAAGUCCAUCUUGUUUUCAGCCGCCUGCGUCUCUCGCCACUGGGCCCUGGUUCUGCUUCCGCUACUCUGGUCCGACAUCCGCUUCGAAGCCAAGAGCGGCGUCAAGGCGAUGCGGGUCUUUACCGACCUCACCGAGAAGAACAUCUUUGGGCAGUGCGACCCAUCCAAAGAGCCAAGGUCGCUGCUGCCCUACGGCCGGUUCGUCAAACGGGUGCGCUUCCUGGGCAAGAGCAAGGACUACAUGGUCUCUCGGGUGCUUCCGCUCUUUGUCAACGCCGAGGCCAUCCAGUGCCAGUUUAUGCAACCCUUCCGCACGCCGUUCUUGAACUCGCUCCUGGCGCUGGCCAUGCCCCGCCUGGCCGAGCUCGAGCUCAAGUGGCUCAAGAUGGAUGUGGCCAAGAGCGAGCGAUCUAUCCAGCUGAACAGCGUCACGGCCUCGUCGCUGGCCCGGGAAUGGGACCUGCGUGUCCUCAAAGUCACCGGAUGCCCAAAGUUUGACGAUGCCGUUGCCCGACUGUGGAUCCAGCAGGCCGCCCAUAUCACCGACUUGGACCUCUCGCUAUGUUCCCUCACUGCUUCGGGCCUGGCCUAUGCCGCUCAGCAGCUGGGCCAUCAGCUCUUGCGCUUCACCUUCCGCUCGCGGGCCGAGGGCGAGUCCAUCCUCGAGCAGCACAUUGUUCACUUUGUGACGGCCUGUCCCAGGCUCGAGGUUUUCACCAUCGAAUCGCGCAUCUGGUCGUUUGCCUUGAUCCUGCCAGCGCUCGCAGAGGCAUGUCCCAGGCUGACCACUGUCUUCAUGACCUCGUGCUUCUCGAUGGACCAGCGUUUGUUCGAGAGCAGGAAUGUGGUCUCGCUGCUGCGACGGCUGCUCCAUCUCACGGCCAUGAACUCGUCCUUCUCGGAUGUGGCCCUCAGAAGCAUCGCUCGAAACGCCACCGCACUCCAGAAGCUGACCGUCAUUCCAUACAGCCUGCCAGGCGAAGACGCUGCUAUGCUGCCGAUGCUGUCCUUUGACUCGGACGCCGUGCUCGAUCUUGGUAUUCACCUCACGAAGCUGCGAAGCCUGACCCUCACGCUGCGGGGAUUCAUCACGGUCGAAGAUGAUGCCGACGAGUACGGCUUCCAACCGGGCAUCGCCCCCGGCGACCUCGAUGGCGGCCAAGAGCGCAGCUUGACCAUCGCUCGCUCCAUUGCAUCGCUGGUCUACGUGGUCCUGCGGUCAAAGUCGCUGGAGCAAGUUCAUUUGGUCUAUGGCGAGACGGUAUCGUCGCUGUGGGUUCUGCAGUAUCUCGAAACCGGGGUGCUUCCGAGCGAAAUCAUAUCGUCGUUUGACUGGCGACCGAUCGAGAAGUGGGUCGCGGCAAUUCAGAAGGGCAAGUUCAACGACGUUGUGCACUCGGGGCACUUUCGAGCCGAUCGGAUCCGCGCCGUUACCAAGAAGCAGUUCCCGCAGCUGUGGUCGCUGGCUGAAGCAGGCGACUGGCCCGGGUUUGUUGUGCAGUGGGAGGGCUUCUACAACCACUUUUGGGUGCUUCUCGACAGCAGUGUUCGCCACUAUGCCACAACGAAAACACAGAAGCAGUUUUUGGCCAACCCACUGGUUAUGGGCUGACGGGCAUCGAAGGACGGAUCAAGAGCAAUCCUACCCGGCCUGAAUAUCGGGUCAAGGAUAGUCAAGCCGUGGACUCGGGCAUGUGCAGAGUACUGCGACCGGGUUGGCAUGCCCAGGGCGCUCACGGCCACAAUCCAGCUGCGUCUGAGCCCAUGAUAGCCCCACGGCCCAG